AUGAGUGAUAAAGUCUUUAGAUUAGAUGCUGGUUAUCAACAAUAUGACUGGGGUAAGAUUGGUUCUUCCUCUGCUGUAGCUCAAUUUGCUAGUCACUCUGAUCCAAGCAUAAAGAUCGAUGAAUCUAAACCAUAUGCUGAAUUGUGGAUGGGUACUCAUUCUAAGACUCCAUCGUUCAACCAUGAAACUAAGGAAUCUUUAAGAGACAUCAUUGCAUCAAACCCUGAACAAUACUUGGGUAAAGAUAUUAUUAAUAAAUUUCAAUCUACCAAUGAAGUUCCUUUCUUAUUUAAAGUUUUGUCUAUUGAAAAGGUGUUAUCAAUUCAAGCUCAUCCUGAUAAAGCUUUGGGUAAGAUUUUACGUGCCCAAGAUCCAAAAAAUUAUCCAGAUGAUAACCACAAACCAGAAAUGGCAAUUGCUGUUACUGAUUUCGAAGGGUUUUGUGGAUUCAAGCCAUUAGAUGAAAUUGCAGAUGAAUUAAAACGUAUUCCAGAAUUUACUAAUAUUGUUGGUGAAGAAACUUCAAAUGAAUUUAUUAACAAAAUUGAUAUCAACGCUAAGAAGGGUUCUAAGGAAGAUAUUGAAAACAAGAAAUUAUUACAAGCUGUUUUCAGUAAAGUCAUGAAUGCUGAUGAUGAAAAGAUUAUUGAAAAUUCAAAGAAAUUAAUUAAAAGAGCUGAGACUUCUCCAAGUGAUUUUAACAAAAAGGAUUUACCAGAAUUAUUAAUUAGAUUAAAUAAGCAAUUCCCAAAUGAUAUUGGUUUAUUCUGCGGUGGUUUAAUGUUGAACCAUUGUUCCUUAAAACCAGGUGAAGCUUUGUUCUUGAGAGCUAAAGAUCCUCAUGCUUAUAUCAAUGGUGAUAUCAUUGAAUGUAUGGCAGCUUCUGAUAAUGUUGUUAGAGCUGGUUUCACUCCAAAAUUCAAGGAUGUUAAGAAUUUAGUUGAAAUGUUAACCUACUCUUACGACCCAGUUGACGAACAAAAGAUGAAGUUAGAAGCAUUUGACAAAAAGUCGUCUGGUGCUGGUAAAGCUACCCUAUAUAAUCCACCUAUAGAUGAAUUUGCUAUCAUCCAAACUACUUUUGAUAAGUCAUUAGGUAAAAGACAAUUCAAUGGUUUAGAUGGACCAAGUAUUAUGAUUACCACUAAAGGUAAUGGUUACGUUAUCAAUGGUUCUCAAAAAUUGAAAGCUGAACCAGGUUUUGUUUUCUUUAUUGCACCAAAUACUUCAGUUGAAUUGGAAGCUGAAGACUCAUAUUUCACUACCUACAGAGCUUUUGUUGAACCAACUUUAUAA